AAUUGGACCGGAUUGGACGGCAGUAAAUCGUGUCAAAUUUCCAUUUCCGGUAUUGGUUGUUGUUGCAAAAUAGCAUGUAUUCACGCUUCACCGGACAGAGGACACUCAGCUACUUCAAAUUAUAGAUAUAACAUAUAAACAAAAUGAUGCUGGCUGACGUGCUCCAGGUGCUGCGGGGAGCAGGGAAGGUUGGCCGAGCCUUUGCCAACACACAGGGGGAGAUGCUAAGGCUGAUGGCCUGUAACUCCACACUGGGGACCGGGGUCAGAGCGGCCCAGGAGGUGGUGGAGGUCGCGAUGGGCACGUUGAUGGGUGGAGCAGCCACGCCACGAUCCAUCAAGGAGGAUGUGUUCCCUGACCCGGAGGGUUGGGAGAUUGAUCCAGAAGAGGCUGCUAAGUGGUCAGUGGCCUCGGAGCUCCCCCAAGACACAGGAGCCACAGAGACGUCCGGCGGGGCACCUCCCUGCCAUCCUGGGGGUCCAGGGGGCGCGGGAUUGUCCGGUCAAAGUGCCCGGUUCCUGCACGUCGCCUCAACGCUACGGCACACUAGGUUUCUCCAUGACUCGGUAGUGGCCAGGCUCACACCAGAGGACAUGGAGAAGGCCCGGGAGGCCAAGCAGGGGCUCAGCCGCCCCAUUGUCAAGCAGAAGCUUAGUGAUCGUGCAAGAGAGAGGAAGGUCCCCGCCACAAGAUUAAGUAGGCUGGCGAACUUUGGGGGGCUGGCGGUGGGUUUGGGUCUUGGUGCCAUUGCGGAAAUGGCAAAGCAGUCUAUGGGCUCAAAGCGCUCAAAGGGCGCCCUGUUGGACUCCCCGCUCCUGUCUGAUGCCAAUGCAGAGCGCAUAGUCAACACCUUGUGUAAGGUCAGAGGGGCCGCGCUCAAAAUAGGACAGAUGCUCAGUAUACAAGAUAACUCCUUCAUAAGCCCUCAGCUGCAGAAGAUCUUUGAGAGGGUCCGACAGAGUGCAGACUUCAUGCCCACCUGGCAGAUGAAUAAAGUUAUGGAGGAAGAGCUAGGCAUGGGAUGGAGGGAAAAGCUGUUGUCGUUUGAAGACAAACCGUUUGCUGCCGCCUCGAUCGGCCAGGUUCAUCGUGCGGUGAUGCUGGAUGGCAGAGAGAUUGCCAUGAAGAUCCAGUACCCAGGAGUAGCCGAGAGCAUCCACAGUGACAUCGACAACCUCAUGGCCGUUCUGAAGAUGAGUGUUAGUCUUCCAGAAGGCUUGUUUGCAGACAGCAGUCUAGAGGUCCUUCAACGAGAGCUGGCGUGGGAGUGUGAUUACAAGCGCGAGGCGGAGAGUGCUAAGAAAUUUAAGUCACUGCUGGCCGACGACCCGUUUUUCGGUGUGCCGUUUGUGGUGGACGAGCUCUCGGCUGGAAGGGUUCUGGCCAUGGAGUUGGUGUCUGGUGUACCGCUGGACAGCUGUGUGGGUCUGGAUCAGGAGACAAGGAAUAUGAUCAGUUUCAGCAUCCUGCAGCUGUGUCUGAGGGAGCUGUUUGAGUUCCGCUUCAUGCAGACGGACCCCAACUGGGCCAACUUCUUCUACAACGCUGAGCAGAACAAGAUUAUUCUGCUGGAUUUCGGUGCGUGUCGGGAUUACCCCGAAGCCUUUACAGAUGAUUACAUACAGGUGGUGCAUGGAGCCUCAGUUGGAGACAGGGCGACCGUUCUAGAAAAAUCCAAGGAUCUCAAGUUCCUCACAGGGUUUGAGACCAAGGCUUUCCAGGAUGCCCAUGUAGAGGCCGUGAUGAUCCUCGGUGAGGCUUUUGCCAACUCCGACGCCUUUGACUUUGGCACUCAGAGCACGACGCAACGCAUCCACAGCCUGAUUCCUGUCAUGCUGCGCCACCGCCUGACACCCCCGCCAGAGGAGACCUACUCCCUGCACCGCAAGAUGGCAGGCUCCUUCCUCAUCUGUUCCAAACUUGGUGCCAAAAUUGCCUGUAGGGACAUGUUCCUGGAUAUCUACAAUGCCUACAACCAGUGGGCUUCAAAAGGAGAAGGCAUCCCGGGGUCAGGCCUAGAGGUCAAGGGUGACGUGACGUCGGGUUGGGCUCAAAGUUCAUCUGACAGGCCCUGACAGUGGGAAGAAAGUGAUUGUCCAACCCUAUUGGCCUUGACUAUGUUUAUGUAGGCCAGCAUAGACUGAAACUGUACUGUGUUGGACACCCUCACACUCCACGCAUUUUCAUGUAGACGGAUUGAUGCCACUGCACCAUUGUCCUGUUGUGGAAGAGUGAUGGAAAUUAAUGGGAGUCAGAGCAUAUGCUUGUAUAAGAACAGACUUAGUGACUUAGUCGCUUGGGAUUGGUGUUAAUGACUGGAAAAUGUAAAGGUAUGGCCCGACGGAUGUGCCAUAACCGGUUCGAGCCAGGUCUCAGUUAAGGAAAAACAUAAUGGAACAUUUCCAGUGUUUAGGACGUGUCCUGGCCCAGGGGUUUUCUUGAAGCUGUCAUUUUAAUGCAGAACAAUAAUGUGUGAUAAUGUAAUACACACUACAAAGGUCACUCCUUACGAUAUUGUUACAGUCAAUGUCAGCCUGAAAGAUUUAGACUUUGCUGUCAAUUUUGUUUUGUUUUUCUGCCCAACUUUCGAAGUUUAUGUCACUGCCUUUUUGGUUGCGUUGUUAAGCUGUUGUGUGAAUGCAUCAUGAAUACCAUGUUAGAAUGAGCAGGGGUAUUUUCAAAGGAAUUCUUAAUGUUGACAUCCACAGAUCUCCUUGAAAACAACAUGGUAAAAUGGUGCUGCUUCUUAACGGCAACUGGAAAAGGAUAAAAGUAAGCAUUGCUGACAUUUCCACUUAAUCUGUGCUACUGUGCAGUUUGGGACCACACUUAAGUGUGAUAAGAAAUAUAGUAACAGAAAGACAUUUGCAAUUAGUUAGCUGACUUUUAAAUCAAGGUGUCUAGUACUUAGCAAAAAUAUAAAUGUGAAAUGUCAAGUGUUGGUCCCAUGUUUCAUGAGCUAAAAUAAAAGAUCCAAGACAUUUUG